AUGCCACCGAAUGGGAAAUUGAUGCCGAAUCUUGACCAGCAGAGCACAAAGCUCCUCAAUUUAACAGUUCUUCAGCGAAUCGAUCCUUUUGUUGAAGAAAUUUUAAUCACUGCUGCUCAUGUCACUUUAUACGAGUUUAAUAUCGACCUUAGCCAAUGGAGUCGGAAAGACGUGGAAGGAUCUCUCUUUGUUGUUAAAAGGAAUACGCAACCUAGGUUUCAGUUUAUUGUCAUGAAUCGGCGAAAUACAGAUAAUUUGGUGGAAAAUCUUCUGGGAGAUUUUGAGUAUGAGGUUCAGGUUCCGUAUCUUUUGUAUCGAAAUGCUGCCCAAGAAGUGAAUGGUAUUUGGUUCUAUAAUACACACGAGUGUGAAGAGGUUGCUAAUCUUUUCAGCAGGAUACUAAAUGCAUACUCCAAGGUGCCUCAGAAGCCAAAGGUAUCACUAUCGUUAACAAAAAGUGAGUUUGAGGAACUAGAAGCUGUACCAACUAUGGCAGUUAUGGACGGUCCUCUAGAGCCAUCAUCUUCAACUGCUUCAGUUGUCUCUGAUGUGCCUGAUGAUCCUGCCUUUGUGAACUUCUUUAGUACAGCUAUCACAAUUGGGAAUGCAUCAGCUGCUGCAGUUGCUGGACAACCUUACCAACCUCCGAUUCCAAUCCCUUUAACCUCCCAACCAAAUUGUGUUGCCUCCACCACCAUUCCAACCUUGCAAAUACCAUCUCCUCCACAAUCAGCAUCUACUCCUUUAAUGCCACUUCUUGAUGUCUCUGAUGUCAGCAGCAACAACAACCAGACAGCUAACCUUGUAAAGCCUUCCUUUUUCGUUCCUCCUCCAUCUUCUUCUGCACGGAUGAUGCCACCUGUCUCUUCUUCUAUUCCUACUCCUCCUACACUCAAUCCUCCUACAAGUCUUCAACGUCCAUAUGGUGCUCCAUUGCUUCAGCCUUUUCCACCACCCACUCCUCCACCGUCUCUUACUCCUGCUUCUGUUCCCAGUCCAAAUUAUGGGCCAGUUAUCAGCAAAGACAAAAUCCGAGAUGCACUACUGGCACUUGUUCAGGACGAUCAAUUCAUUGACAUGGUUUAUCGAGCGCUUCUGAAUGCACACCAUUCUUGA